UUUAACAAAUUUAAAGAUAAGCUUGCGUUUUUGUCUUUUCUCAAGGCUAGAAGUCAACGAGUUAUAACAAGUUGGUGUUGAUUCCUUUGACUAUAUAUAAAUAUUUCUACUAGUAGAAUAAAUAUGGUUGCUUCCGAUACUAUACCUGUAUAAAUUAGAUACAUGAUUUGCCAAGUCUUCAGAAUGCAGAUCCAUGGAAUCCGUAAAGUUAGAGCUCAUCCUCCACUCUGCGCAGGGCCUCAACAACGUCAAAAAGAUGGGCACCAUGGACCCAUACGCCGUCAUUUGGAUAGCCGGAAACAACUCUGAUUCCAAAGUCAAAACAAAUACAGCGAAGAACAGCGGCUCAAAUCCAGUCUGGGAUGCCCACGUUGAAUUCAACAUAGAACACGAUGCCUCCAUGCAGGAAAACCUCAUCCUCGUCUGCGAGAUCAAGCAUAGUGGAACAGUGGUUGACAGAAACAUUGGCAAAGUCCAAGUUCCUCUCAAGCAUCUCCUUUCCGUAGGUGCUUCCGAAGAAAAGGUCAGUUAUCCAGUGAUGACUUCGUCUGGUGCAGUGGAGGGGACAAUCAUCAUUUCCUAUACAGUAAAAAACUUACAGGAAAGUAUCGCAGGCAGCUCUAGUUCUACUGAUGAGGAGCCCUCGGAUCCUUUACCAGAGGAGCCUUCGGAUCCUGUCCCAAAUGAGCCUCAUCAGACUAAAAAAAGCAAAAACCGUCUGAUAAAGAAUGUACUGCAUGCAUCAACGGCUAUGGCAAACUCUCUAGCCAUCGUCAGCAGUGCGUUGACCCUCAGCGGCGACCGAGAUUAGGUGGUUUUAAGUACGCGCGUUGACUCUCACCGCCGCACGUAUCUGUAUGUUAUUAAGUACAUGCGUUGUCUAUUAUGUUUAUUUAUGUAUGGAUUAUGAUGUGUAUGCAAUUAUGGAUGUAGAUUUCUGUUGUAUACUUAUGCAUUCAUUUGCGUAUAAAAAGAGCGCAUUUGUAUGUUUUGAACAAUAAUAAUAAAUUAAUUAAGGUACAAAUAUGAAUA